AAUCCUAAUAAGGUCCCCUCUAAAUUUUGAAAUAAACUGUCGCCGGAGAGAAACAACGUUUAUCGGCACCGGUAAAAGGAAAUGGCUGCCGGAACGAGGAGCCUCCUUGCAUCCGUUUUCGUCCCACCACCCUCCUCGCUACUCAAACUCAGGUCUGCUAGAAACUCUACUCGAAUUUCAAUAAUUCAAUCUCUGAAACUUCAUACCACUGCUUUCCCGACCGUACCUACCAACCCUUCAAUGAUUCUUGGAAAUCGUUUCCUGCGAGAACGUCGGUCUUUACUCACCAAUCUGAGUUCACAGAACUCCGGUGUGGAAAAGGAUGAGCUAGGACGACAGGAUAGAAGCAGUGGCGGGAAUGGAGGUGAUGAUGGAGAUGGAUGGAGCUGGACGACGUCGUUUAUACUUUUCGGGUUUUGGGCCGGUCUGAUGUAUUACGUGUUUUUCGUCUCUGCUAACCAAACCCCGUCAACAGACUUGUAUUUCCUGAAAAAGCUCCUCAAUUUAAAAGGAGAUGACGGAUUCCGAAUGAAUGAAGUUCUUGUAUCCCUCUGGUACCUAAUGGGUUUAUGGCCAAUCAUUUACAGCAUGCUUCUACUUCCUACCGCUAGAACGCAAAAGAACAAGGUUCCUCUAUGGCCCUUUCUCAUCCUUUCAUGCUUUGGUGGUGUGUAUGCUCUCUUUCCUUUCUUUAUUCUAUGGAAGCCCCCACCUCCACUUGUUGAGCAAACUGAACUCAGAAGAUGGCCUUUGAAUUUUCUUGAAUCAAAAUUAACUGCCGGGAUUGCGAUGGUUUUGGGACUAGGGUUAAUAAUUUAUGCAGGCACUUGUAAUGGGGACGUCUGGAAGGAAUUUUAUCAGUACUUCAGACAGAGCCGAUUUAUCCACGUAAUGUCAAUUGAUUUCAUGUUACUUUCAGCAUUUGCCCCAUUCUGGGUGUUCAAUGAUAUGACAACUCGAAAAUGGUAUGACAAGGGUUCUUGGCUUCUUCCUAUAUCAGUCAUCCCGUUCUUGGGUCCUGCAAUUUACAUUUUCUUACGCCCAUCCAUGCCAGCGGAACUUGUUUCCUCGGGCUCAUGUACGAAGACGAAAGAAGCACCACACUAAGUUCUGUAGCAGAAAAAAUUGAUCACUCUAAUCCCCCUUGUAGAGGGUCCACUUUUAUCAAUCCCAAUUACAUACUGGUUUUGUAGAAUUCCAUCUGCUAAAACUGUUGUUUUGUAACUUACAUCAUGUUACCAAUUUAAAAAAGUAACAAUCACUUAAAAAAAAUCUGAAUUAUCACAUUCCCUUUUUAUUAUUCCGAAUCAGGAAAAUUAGUUACCAAGUUAACAAUUAAAACCAGAACUCUGAUACCA